CCCGCUUGUCUCGCUCUACAAAUACAUGGACCGCCGUGCGUGUCUCGCACACCAGUCACAUACCCUCGACAGCUAGAGUGCUGCUCCACUACUCCAGUAUCUGUAGCUAGCGAGCCAGCCUCCUUCGUCUCUUCAGCUUGACGGGCAGAGCUCACCCCGGCCGUCGCUGCACUGCCGCGCGCCAUGAAGAAUGUGAGGGCGAGGCCGCGGCGGAUCCCGGCGUUCGGGGAGUGGAACUACUACGACCACGGCGGGUACGGGUACGGGUACGCCGGCGGCGGCGACUGGCCGGUCACCCAGUACUUCGAGUCCGCCAUGCAGGCCGGCGGCGGAAUGGUCAUUGCUCUGCCUGCCUCGCCGCCCAAGCCGGCCAAAAAGGCGGUAACGUGGAGCAGCGCUACAAUGGAGAUGGGCGACGAGGAGGAGCAGAGGAGGCAGAGGCAGAAGGUGGUGGUGGGGCUGCAGGAGCAGCACGGGACGAAGAAGAAGAAGACUGGCGCCGGGGCCCCCACUAUGUCGUCCGCAAAAUACCAGACGACGCGCAGGGCGGUCAAAGCCGUGGACGAGGACCUCUACGUGAUCCCGCCCGACAUGCUCUGCCACAAGCCGAGGAAGCGGCUGGCGAAAGGCCUGUGGAUCGGCGGGUGCCUGGGCCUCAGCUGCGUCGCGUAGCAUGGGGAUCCGCGCGCGUCGCCAUGGACUCGACUCUCCUUGCAUUGUUGUGCGUGCGACCUGUAAUAAGGAGAGCGGCCAUGAUGCUGUCACAACACGAUCAUAUCAUACCGAACCUCAUUCCCGACCACGACGACGGUGAUGCGCGGCAUCGUCAUUUCCUCGUGCCAAACACCCCACUCGAGUGCCGCUUUUCCCAGUUGCGUCUUUUCCGAUGCGUUUUUUUUGCUCCUGAUGCUACCUAUACCUGGUUCGCUGAAAUUUCGGAGGACCGAGAAGAAGCUGGGAGGUGAUGAAAGGUGUGGAUGCAAUGUACUAGUAAUCAUGUAAUUUGAGGGCUUGUCCUGUACCUUUCGAGCAUGUGUGCAAAGUAAAGAUCAACCUGCCUAGCUAGUGUUUAGGGGUUGAUGGCCAUCUCUUCUGGUGUUUACUGUCUCCGUGUCCUGUUCUAGCUUAUGACGGUGUGAUUGUGGCGCUGAUUCUGUUGGGACUCGUUGAUUCGUCCGCAUGAUCACCUCUUAA